AUGCUGCCAUCAAUAACUAUAAAUAACUUAUUAUUAGAUUCACAAGUAGCAAAUAUAGCAUCAACGGUAACACCAUCAUUAACAAAUUUACAUAUAGCAAAAUCGUCAAUAAUUAACAAUGAUAAUAACAAUAAUAGUCUAAAUAUAGAUUCAAAUUCAAUACAAACAUUAUCGACAACAUUAUCAUCAAUAAUAAAUUCUUCAAUAACUGAUUCACCAUCCGAUUUAUCAGAAUCUGGUUUAAUUUAUGCAACUGAUAAUUCACAAUUGAGUGAUGCUUUGGGAAGUUUUGCUCAAAGUUCUGAUGUUAAAUCUUUAACUUUAAGUGGUACUCCAAAUUCAGUUUCAUCAAAUAAUGAAGGUGGUUCACUAAAAUUAGGUAAUAGUUUCAUAAUAUUAAAUUUGAUAUUCACUUUGUUGCUUUAUGUUGUAUCAUGA